CCACGACGCCCUCAAGCAGACAUGCACGCACAUAUGUGUACAACAGGGACAAAGUACCUGAGACACUUCUCAUCCAUCAAGUCCAUGAUCACACGGGCUUAGGAACAUACAGCCAUAUGAUGCAAGCAAUCCAGCGCCAUCAGUCCUGUCCCUGCCGCAUCCCCUACAUGGGCAUGUCUCUGCACAUGGCGUACGGUGCACACACAGCCUGCCUGUGGUCCGUCUCUGCUGUUUCAUCCAUUCAUGGCCCUGCCUUUGAAGGCUCCAUAAAUAGAAAAACAGAUCGACCCACACACAUGGGUGUAUUGCCGAGCAGAACAUCACGCGUACAUGCAUCAUCCAUCGAGUGUCCGCAGAGAGCGUCAAGGUAGGCAGCUGAGACAAAACCAAUCCCCCCAAAGCAAGUCCCUCCCGCUAAUCUCAGGCACAUGCAUGCAUCUAUGGUUAGGUGCAGCGCGUAUCGGACAGCUCCCUAAGAUACCCGACUUCGUCUGUCUCCCCCUGGUUCAUCCUCAACCCAUAGCUAAAGGGGAAGAGCGCCUCCUGGCCGUCUCCCACAUUGACGGUCGCCUGGCAUGGCGAGGCGGGCCAUGAGUGCGCCAGCCGACCGUGAAAGUCAUACCCGCCCUCGAAGAGCACGUCGCCCACACCCAGCCCCGCCGCCACACCCGGCAGCCAGGCCGCCACGAAGGCAUCGCAGCGGUUGAGGUGCUGGUUGACAUAGACAGGGCGGCCGGAGACCAGCAGGCAGACGAUUGGGGUGUCGGGGCUCUUCUUGGCUGUGAUCUUGUCAAGGAUAUCCAAGUCGGCGGGAUACCUGAACAAACGACGUACGAUGGAUGGGAUCAUCAGGAUGUGUGCGUGGUCUGAUUACCUCGCGUGAUGCAGGAGGCUGUUCUCCUUGAGGUCUCCCGCCGCCUCGGCGUACCGCUCCUCGCCAAUGACGGCAACGAUGGCGUCGUACUCGCCGGUGGCGGCGAAGUCAUCGCUCCCAUUCUUACUCAACAUGGCAGCACCACCACCGCCAGUGACCACAUCACUCAGACCCUGAACACGGAGCAGACACCCACACUCGUGCAUACAUCAUGGUCACACGCCUUCAGGGCUGGUCUGUCUGUCUGUGUGCGGAUGUCUGUCACCUACCUUCCAUAUGGACGUGCCGUAGAGAAAGUCGGCGUUUGUGUUCUCCUCGGCUUGCCAUGACAGCGCCCACGAUCCCACGUGGGUGGGCAGGAAAUCCGCGUACGGCACGUCGUCAAUGAGCCUCGACGUCACGAAUAUGUUGGCUGACCGCUUCAGGGGCAACACAUGCCGGUUGUUCUUCAACAGCACCAGGCUCUUGCGAACCGCCUCACGCGCAACCUAGACGCAACCAACGAGACAGAUGCCAGAAGACACACAUAGAUACACAUCGGUCUCUCCCAGGACCUCCUACCUCCAUGUGUUCGUCGGAAGCCAUGAGGUCGUCUCGCGCCGCGUAUGGCUUCCUGGUGCUGGGUUUGCCCUUGACCUUUGUGGGGUCUGGACCGAUGAGACCCAGCCGCGCUUUGGCCCUCAGGAUGCGCCUGACAGCGUCAUCCAUCCUCUCGAGUGGGAUCUCGCCCGACUCGACCGCACGGGCGGUGUUGUUGAUGAAGCUGAUCCAAUCUCCGCCGAUCAUCAGCAUAUCCAUGCCUGAGACAGGAAAGAGGGUGGGUGUCGGUGGGGGGAUAGAUAUGCACAGGUGUGUAUGGGUAUGGAUGGUGUGUUGGCUGGGUACCUACCCGCAUUGAUGGCGAAGGGACAGUGCUCGACGGUGCAUCCAGGGAGGUUCUCGCCGUUUUCGUCGUUGCCCGACCUGGCGUGCCCGUUCCAGUCGCCAACAAGGAAACCGUCAAGGUUGUACGUGUUCUGACACACACAUACACAAGUAUUUGUGCAUGUGCAUUUCAGUCAGGUUGUGUCACAUACCUUGAGGACGUCUGUGAGGAGGAAUGGGUAGCCAUGCAUCUCGAUGGUGUUGGUGCCAGUGAAGGACGGCAUCACGCUCUGCACACCGCCCUUCUCGAUGCACGCCCGAUACCCCCUGCUGUGGAUGUCACGCAGCUCAGUCUCGGCGGCAACCGUGUCGCCGUCCGUCAGCCCACCCCAGCUGCCCCCGUCACCCAGCCAGUGCUUGCACGUCGCCAGCACAUGGGGGGCGGCCAGGAAUGACUCAGGGUCCUCGGGGUUUCCCUGUAGGCCUCGCAGGAGCCCGCCCACGAUGUUUUCGACCGUGUAUCCGUCUUCUGCAGCAGAAGACGGGAAUAAAACGACCGCUUGUGUGCCAGGAGUGCGUGUGUGUACCUGAGUAGGACUCGUACAUUCUGCCCCAUCUGGUGUCGCGUGCGGUGGCCACUGUCGGUGCCAGCGUCCAGUCGAUGCCGCUCGCAACCAUCUCAGUCGCAGUCACCUAUCUCACACACAAACACACGCCAGGAAGGAAUGACAGUGUGCACACGAUUGAAGGAUCGACUUGUCUAAGUUAUGCUUUUCGCACCGACAUACCAGUCCGAUUUUCUCCAUGAGGACGGAGUCAUUAGCAGCGCCCAGGCCGAUGUUGUGUGGGAAGAUGGUCGAGUGGGGGGCAUUGUUGUGGCCGUGGAUAGCGUCGGCGGCCAUCAGGGGAGGAAUGGGGAUACCUGACGCCUGCACAAGGGCACCACAGAUACCACAGACGAACAGUGAUCCACUGGACACAUUUAUGCGUGUGUGUCUCCGCCGCAGCUCACCCAUUCCUUGUCCAUAGCAGCCGCGUAGAAGUUGUCCAUCUCGGCGGCCACCUGCCAUAUCUUUGCUUCGCGGUAGAAUCCCGGCGGCCAGAGCAUGGCCCCUAGGCUGUACUUCUUGAGCGUCACCUCGGGCUCAGGCACACCAAAGAUGGGCGCGAUGAUCAUCUGGCCUGCCUUCUCCUCGAGGGUCAUGUUGCCAAUCAGGUCGCUCAGCCACAACUCAAGGGCGAAGUCCUUUUGGACGGGGUUCGUCAGCCGGUCCCAGCCGCAUGUCUUGGGGGCCGCCAGCCAGCCGACGCCCGGCUUGGCCUCUGUGCCGGUGGUGCUGGCCAUCAGGAUGCAUUUCCCUUGCUGGUCGCUGAUGAAGUUGACGCCCACGCAUUUGUCCUUCAUUUGGCAGCGGGUUUGGCACUGCCAGGGGCUGUCCGUGGUCUCCCUCGUCUCCAACACAGUGCCGCUGUACUGAUAGCCCCACUUGUAGCAAUCCUUGAGGGGCGGAUGCACUGCACCGCAGGAGGCGGGCGACACAGCCAUACAUGGCACGCCGCGAUGUGUGGACGCGUGUGUGUGUACCGCUGGAUCCGAUGAUGGUGCAGUCGAACUCGUCUUCGACGUCAGGAGGCGGGCACAUCUCCAGCUCAGGCCGACACUGGGCCCACUGCACACCCAAAGGACAGCCACCAUCAGUGUACUUAGCUGCAUUUCACUGACUGGCUGACUGACUGACCCCCUCUGCGGCGAGUCUGCACACACUGCCCUGCUGGCAGAGGCGCGUCUCCGUGCAGUCGCCCCACAGCUCUGUCGGCGGGGGGAUGUCUGCACCACAGACCAGACCACACAACAGGCCAUUGCGGCUUGUUUGUCGCUUGCCUGUCGCGUCGAUCAGUACCUGAUUCCUCCAGGCCCCCCUUGGCGUCAGAUAUCUCUUUGAAAGGAUCGGGCAACACGCCCAUUGGAGGGGGGUCAGGGUUGCGGGGACCACGGAUGCGACCACCAGCAUCUGACGACACACAUUCAAGGGCAUCCAGCCAUCAUCGAGUCCUCUAUCGGUGCUCCAGUGUGUGGUCGUUGAUUAACCGACCAAGGACGCAUGGUGGGGCCUUGAUCUCUGAGCACUUGAGGUUCGCUGCCUGGAUGGUAGCAGGGCAGCAGGCGUCCUUGCCGCCGAGCAGUUUGUCGCACCCGUCGGCGCCACCGCAUGUCUUGCAGAAUGCUGGGCAGCAGGCCCACUGGUUGGCCAGGUCCACGGACAUCAGCCCACCCAAAGCCGCACACUGCUCAGCACGCGACAAAUACUCUGACACGGACCAACAGAUCAGAAGUAUCGGCGUGGUGCAUCUGACUGGCUUACCUUGGGCGCCCUCUCGACUCUUCGGGGAUACGACAGAGUCGCCUGACCACAAGACCGACAGGCGGCCGACAAACACACAGACGUGAACUGGUUGUGUGGCUGGGCGAUAUAUUGGGUGUCACUCACCUUCUGCGUCUUGUCUUAGCUGCCUAUGAGCGGCUGACGCUGCAGUGAGUGCCAAGGACAGACGACAAUGCGACAGCAAACAAAUGAACCGGCCCCUGCAGCAGUGGCGAUUUGUAAAGGUGCCGAGCUCACCUUUACAGAUAGAGGGCUGCAUAAUAAGGACGGACAGCAUCCCCAGCGCCGCCAUUGCCCGCCAGGCAGCCAUCGGCAGGCAAGGCCCCAUUUGGCCAGGCCGAAAAGUGAAGUUCCUCGCUCUGCCCGCGGGCAGCAGGUGUCAGGUGGCUAUCGGACAAGGUUUUCAGGCCUCGGUCCCUCUCUGUCGUGACACCGAGGAUGGCCCAGCCGUU